AAGAGUAUAGAAAUCGUGGUUACUAAAAAGCCCUAAAUAGAGAACAGGGGUUUGAAGGAAGAAGCCAUGGCAGAGCUCAACAACAGCGACGAAGAACCACGAGUACUCCCUCCCAAGCGAAAGCAAACCCUAGACGAAGACGAAUCCACAAAGAAACUCCGUCCCGACACCGAACCUCCAGCCGCCGUCGAACACAAACCUAACAACGAAAAUGACAACAAAAACGAAGAAGAAGAAGAGGAAGAAGAAGACUAUGAGGCAGAAGACGAACUCGAUUCGGACGAUGAAGAUGAGGAUGAAGACGAACAUUCUGAAAUUGAUCGAAAGGGAAAGGGGAUAAUGAAAGAUGAUAAAGGUAAAGGAAAGAUGAUUGAAGUGUCUGAAGAAGAUGAUGAUGAUUCUGAUGAUGAAGAUGGUGGUGGUGGUAGUGAAUCGGACGGUGAUGAUGAUUUUUCCGAUGAUCCGUUGGCGGAGGUUGAUUUGGAUAACAUUUUGCCGUCGAGGACACGACGUCGUACGGCUUCUCGAGGUGUGCAGAUUUCUGGUGAGGAAGUUGGGAAUGAUAAGGGUAAGGAUGCUUGACUGUCAAGGAGGUUAGCAGGAAUUUAAGGUUUUUUUUUUUUUGUUUUUUUUUUUUUGUUUUUUUUUGAGUGUGUGCCAACAUUAGGGUUUUAAGAACAAUGCUGCUAGUGUUGGUGAGGGAAUAUGUUUUAUUAUCGUCUAUGGGUUUUUAAUAUGAUAUCUGCCAUUGAUGAUUUUAUUUUUACAAAUUGUUUCUAUG